GGAGGCAUGAGGAAGAACUACAGCGCUAUCCCGCUCAUCUAUGUGUCAGAGGCAGAGCGCAGCGCUUGCGAUGCCAACAUCCUCAGCAUCCCGGUGCCGAUGCGCCGCGGCGGCUCAGAGUCCAACCUGGACGUGGUGGACAGCGUCGGGGAUGACGGAGUGGGCCUGGAUUUCACCAAGGGAGCGCUUGGCAUCGACAGCCUGCAGCAGAAGAUCCUCAAGGUGACGGAGCAGAUCAAGGUGGAGCAGGCGGCCCGGGACCAGAACGUCGCCGAGUACCUGAAGCUGGUGAACAACGCCGACAAGCAGCAGGUGGGACGAAUACGCCAGGUCUUCGAGAAGAAGAACCAGAAGUCUGCUCAGACCAUCGCCCGGCUGCAGAGGAAGCUGGAGCAGUACCACCGGCGCGUGAAGGACAGCGAGACCAACGGGAAACACAACCACAAGGAUGGUGGCAGCAAGGAGUCCGGCACUCACAGCAAAGAGGGAAGCCUGCGAGACGUCAGCACCACCGGACGCCACCCGGCGCUGGAUAAGGUGAAGACUAUCGGGCCCGGCGUGUCGCUCUCGCCGCCGUUCUUCUUCAACAAGUCGAGGGAGUUCGCCAACCUCAUCAGGAACAAGUUUGGCAGCGCCGACAACAUCGCCCACCUCAAGAGCUCCAUGGAGUCCGGGUCGGGGCUGCACGUGGACGCCGCCUCGAGGGGUCUGAGCGGGAGCGCCACCACGGUAGCCAAGGCGACGAAGUACCAGAGCGACGACGAGUGCUCCACGGGGACGUCUGCGUCCGCCGACUCCAACGGGAACCCGGCCGGAGGGUCAGGGGCCGGAUCCGGAGGUCCGGGGAGGUCGGACUCCAACGGGCGGCUGGGGGAGGUUCUGGACAUGGUGCGGGAGAUCAGGGAGUCUCAGGUGCAGCUGGCGGAGGACAUGGAGACUCUGAACACGCAGUUCAAACGAGAUUACAGCUACUUCACACAGAUGAUGCAGGAGGAGAGAUACAGGUAUGAGCGGUUGGAGGAUCAGUUAAAUGACCUGACGGAGCUCCACCAGCAUGAGACCAGUAAUCUGAAGCAGGAGCUGGCCAGUAUCGAGGAGAAGGUGGCCUACCAGGCCUACGAGAGGGCCAGGGACAUACAGGAGGUGCUGGAGUCGUGCCAGACUCGCGUGUCGAAGCUGGAGCUCCAGCAGCAGCAGCAGCAGACGGUUCAGGUGGAGAACACCGACGCCAAGGUGCUGCUGGGGAAGUGCAUCAACAUCAUGCUGGCCAUAGUCACCGUCAUCCUGGUGUGCGUUUCCACGGCAGCCAAGUUCACCGCCCCGCUGCUGCGAAGCCGCCUCCACCUGGCGCUCACCUGCGUGGGCGUGUCCUUGCUGGCUCUGCUGUGGAAGAACUGGGAACAUUUGCAGUGCGCUUUGGAACGAUUGCUCCUCCCGCACUGAUUUCGAGGGAACCCCCCAAAAAAAACGAGACCAGAAAACAUAAACGACCGCCCCCCCCCCCCCGAAGGGUCCAAGUUUUUUCCCCCGAGGUGUGUUGUCACGGCAACGCAAAAACUGGGGAGGAGUUUACAUGUAGCCUUACACCAGCCCUAGCUUUGGGGCUUCACGGUCGACUUUAUUUAUGGCUUUGUUAUUUGCAUGUCUAAACUGGGUCCACAGAAAGCCUUUUCCCAGAAUGCACCUCUACUGUAAUUCCAACACACAGACGUAAGCUGAUAUAAAUUAUAACUGAGAUCCACAACGUGCUGCCUACAAGGCCGAAGGUGCAAACAUAUAAACUUUUUACACAACGCUGACAUAAACAGUGCAUCACUACAGUCCAGAGUAUCAGAUCAUUAAAAGAUGAAUCAGCUGGAAUUGAUCAGCCACAUUAUAAUGUGGCUGUUGGAUUCAAUCACCUGCUCUCAUCUGGUCAUCAGAGGAUUCUGGACCGCAGCAGCAACAAGACACUAAAAUCUAUAUAUAGUGGAUUUCACUGGUGCAUGGAAAUACAGCGGGAAUUUCCUGUCCUUUUUAAAGGGAAAGUGUAUCUGUCACCACCUCACACCUCUAAACAAACUCACCGGCUGCAUGCGGCCAGUCAAGCAGUCUUGAACACCAGCCAGCUGUGACAACACGAAGACACACAUCCACCUGAAGGUUGAUUUGUACUGUGUACUGAUCUGUCCUGUAUUUAUGUCAUGUCUUUAUCUCCUCAGUGUCUCAUUCAAAAGGACGUUUUAUAAGCUGUUGUUUUUAAAUGUGUGUGUGUGUGUGUGUGUGUGUGUGUGUGUGUGUGUGUGUGUGUGUGUGUGUGUGUGUGUGUGUGUGUGUGUGUGUGUGUGUGUGUGUGUGUCUACACUGUGAUUCUCACAAUGUUUGCUUUCUUUGAGAGAGUUUGGAGAGAACAUUACUGCCACUCACGUCUUGAUAUGAAGAUAGACCCAGGAGAUGAUUAGCUUAGCAUAAAGACUGGAAACAAAUGGAAACGGCUAGCCUGGCUCACAA